AUGGGUGUGGUCAAAUCUCCGACGAAAUGUGGCACGGUGGGUAUUCAAGGAAUCGCGUGGGCUUUCGGUGGUAUGAUCUUCGCUCUUGUCUACUACACCGCCGGUAUCUCAGGAGGGCAUAUUAAUCCAGCUGUAACAUUCGGUUUGCUAUUAGCAAGAAAAUUGUCGUUGACCAGGGCAGUGUUCUACAUGGUGAUGCAGUGUCUUGGAGCGAUCUGUGGUGCCGGAGUUGUGAAAGGGUUUCAGGGUGAUGCGCAGUACACGACGUUAGGCGGUGGUGCUAAUGUCGUCGCCCAUGGUUACACCAAGGGUGAUGGUCUUGGUGCUGAGAUUGUUGGCACUUUCGUGCUUGUUUACACCGUGUUCUCUGCAACUGAUGCUAAAAGAAGCGCCAGAGACUCCCAUGUCCAUAUUUUGGCUCCUCUUCCAAUUGGGUUUGCGGUGUUCUUGGUUCAAUUGGCCACCAUCCCCAUCACCGAAACUGGAUGUUGCUUCUUUGGUGAUUCAUUGACUGUCAAUCAAAAGGAAACACAUGUUGAAACAGAAUAA